ACAUCUUAGAAAGGCUAAAUGCGACUAGUAAAACUUUACAAAACACCAAAAUCUGUCUUUCAGAAGUAGUCAUACUUUAUAACUCAUUGAUUGCAUAUGUGCAAAUAAUUAGGGAUUCAUUUGACACAUAUGAACUAGAAGCUAAAAAGCUAACUAGAGACCAUACAUAUGCAGGAGAAGGAAAACGGCUUAAAAAACGCAAAACAUUUGCUGAUGAAUCACCAUUUGAUGAUGUUAACCAACAUAUGUCAGCAAGAAACAAAUUUAUCACUGAAACAUUCUAUGUAUUAACAGAUUCUCUUAUUGCAGAGCUUAAAAGAAGGAAUCAGUGCUAUGAAUGCUUGAAUAACCGUUUUGAUAUUUUUAAUACAAACUUGCCAAUAUCAGAUUUACGCAGCUCUGCAGACAAAUUGCAAAAAAACUACCCAGAGGAUCUCGAAGACUGUUUUACAGAAGAAUUUUUACAAUUUUCUGCAUUGAUACCCCAGGAAUCCAUGGUGUGCCCAAUGGCAAUGAGGCAAUAUAUAAUUGCCAGGGACUUGCAAAAAACAUUUCCAAAUACUGAAACCUUGCUACGUAUGUUUUUAUGCAUGUCUGUAACCAAUGCCAGUGGAGAAAGAUCAUUUUCCUGUUUGAAAAGGAUAAAAAAUGAAAGAAGAACUACCAUGGGCCAAGAAAGGUUAUCAGCCCUUUCUUUGCUAGCUGUGGAAUCCGCUUUAGUCAGACAACUUGACUUUGAUGACAUUGUGGAUUCUUUUGCUAAGCAAAAAGUACGUAAAGUUAAUUUGUAAUUGUUAGCUGCUCAGCAAACAGUACAAGGCUUGGUACACAAGUCAUGAAAUCCCUUCACCAGCUUCUUUAUUUCUAAAUGUUGAAAUUCUAAUUCAUUGUCUCAUAUGGCUGCAAAAUAUUUCUAAAACCCUACUCACCUGAUAUGGCUGCAAAAAAAUGUACCCUAGUCUACUCAUCUGGCUGUAAGAAUUAUUUUAAAUCAUUAAAAGCUACAUCAUAAUUUGUUAUUAUAUUGGGGAGACUUACCCUGUUUUAAAAUGUGUGUGAAUAUUGUUUUACAAAUCUAGUUCAAAAUAUGUAUUUGUAUGUAAAACAAUCAUAUACUGAUAUUACAAGUUAUAUGACUAAAGAACUAAGGAAAAUAAAUAAUGAUGAAUAGACCAUGCUCUUUUUUGAACAACCAGUUCAUGAAAAGAAAUCUGUCUGCAAAACAAUUCUAAUAUUCUCGUCUUCUCAUCUGACUGCAAAACAAUUCUAAUAUUCUCGUCUUCUCAUCUGACUGCAAAACAAUUCUAAUAUUCUCAUCUUUUCAUCUGGCUGCAAAAGACUUCUAAUACUAAUACUCUAGUCUUCCCAAUUAGCUGCAACAUUUCUAAUAGUCUAGUUGUCUCAUCUGGCUGCAGAUUAAUUUUUAUGCAAAUUUGGAACAAGUCUUUAAUGCAACUGAUUCCCAAUUCCUGACAUAAUUCUUAGAGUUCAUUAAUCUAAGUGCACAAAGUCUAAUUCUAAUACCCUAAUCUUUUCAUCUCGCUACAAAAGAAAUAUUUUACCCUAGUCUUCUCACCUGACUGCAAAACCAUGCUCUUCUUUGAACAACUAGCUC